AUGAGCAAGGGCGACGGAAAGGAACAGACCUCCAAGGAACAGACCUCCAAGGAACAGGCCUCCAAGGAGCAACCCCCCAAGGAACCUAUCCCCAGGGAGGCAGAAGCGUUAAUACGUUCCCAGAUUGACCUCUACGGUAAAAUCGCCCGCGCUUACGACAACCUGAAGAAGCAGGGCGCCGCUAACAUCACUAUCGGGCUGGCGGAGGCCCGCCUGCAGGCCCUCGAAUCCAAUUGGGCGAAAUUCGAGGCUCACCAUGAUCGGCUUUCUGAAAGUUUCUGGGAGGCCCUGACCGGGCACGAGUACCUGAAGAAGGACAUAAGCUCUCUCGCCGAAGAGACCUUUGUCAAUCAAAAGGGCCUAUUCUUGGAGACCCUCCGCUGCAUGAAAGCCAAGGUCAAAGAGGGGCUCCCCGCAGCUCCUGCCGCGGCGCCCCAUCCGCCUCGCACGACACUCCCGCGAAUUCAACUGCCUCAGUUCUCGGGCCGUUACGAGGAUUGGCCCCCCUUCCGCGAUCUCUUUCACUCGAUUAUUGGGAAGGAUGCCGCCACAACACAGGUGGAAAAGCUGCAUUAUCUAAAGUCCUGCUUGAAAGGAGAGGCCGAUCUUCUCAUCCGCAGUCUAACCACCACUAACGAGAACUUCGAACGUGCGUGGAAGGCUCUGACUGAUUACUAUGAGAAUAAGAGACUUCUGGUGCGCUCAUACAUAGCGCAGUUUACGGCCCUGCAGAAGCUUAAGAGCGAGUCCGCCCCCGAGCUGCGUAAGUUGUUCCACUGCGUUCUCAACACAGUCGGUUCGUUGGAGGGCAUCGGUCGGCCGAUCACACGGGGCGAGGACCUAUUCGUGCACUUGAUAGUGGAGCUGCUCGACUCCAAAUCGCGCCGUGAGUGGGAGAACGCGAUAAGCGAGACGACUGAACCGCCGUCGUAUUCCGACUUGCGCCAGUUCCUGGAGCGACACCUGCAUACCCUCGAGUCUUUGCAACCGCUAAGACCGGAGACCAGCAAGGCGGACGCUAGCCCUGCUAAGACUAGCGAGACCUCGACCCGACAGGCCCGCGCGUUACACGCGCACCAAAGAGAAAAUAAGUAUGGCCGUUGCACUCUUUGCCGACGGGAUCAUUACAUUCUAAGGUGCGACGCGUACCAGGCGAAGACGGCUGAGGAGAGAAAGAAGCAUGUCGAGACGCAUCACUUGUGCAUCAACUGCCUCGGCAAGCACAAGCUAAGUGAGUGCGCUUCUCAACGGACGUGCACCUCCUGCAACGCGCGCCACCACUCGACCUUGCACGACGCCUGUCGAGCGGACAAGGGCGCGAAAUCUACCGAAGUCGCUAGAGUGGCGCACCUCGCGCAGCGGCCCGAGGUUCCGGUGGCAGUGCUGCUCGCCACCGCCCGCGUUCGCGUAAAGGACCGAACGGGCACUGACCACUUCGCCCGCGCGCUCAUAGACCAGGGCUCCGAUUCGUCGCUGAUCUCGGAGUCGCUGGCCCAACGCUUGCGGCUCAUCCGCAAGCCGACCUCGAUUGCAGUAUUCGGAGUCGGGGGGAAGCGCACAGGCUUCGCGCGCGGCCUUGUGGACCUUCUGAUCUCGCCACGUGGAGGCGGGCCGCCGACGCCGGUGUCGGCAAUAAUUCUUCCCCGUCUCACUCUCCACGACGGCGGAACUAGGGUGGAACGUCGGACGUGGGCUCACCUCAACGGACUGGAGCUCGCCGAUCCAGAGUUCUUAGCAGCGGACUCAAUCGACAUCCUCCUGGGUGCCGACGUCUAUGCCUCCAUUCUUCAGGCCGGCCUUCGGAAAGGGGGUCCUUACGAACCUGUGGCGCAGAGAACUAAGUUAGGGUGGAUCCUUUCGGGGGUUGUCGGACGGACAGCAGAUGUUCGGCGCGCUCAGACGCUUCAAUGUCGAGCCGAGGAAAGCCUGCCCGCACUGGUACAAAAAUUCUGGCUCCAGGAAGAGGCGCCCGCCGCCGCCCCGCCGCUCACGCCGGCGGAACAAAAUUGCGAGGACUUUUUCCGACGAACGCACGCGCGCACCGCAGAGGGCCGAUACGUGGUGCGACUCCCCGUCGUCGAGCCGCUGCCGUGUCUAGCAUCCACGCGCCAAACUGCGCAGCGUGUCCUCUCUAGCAUGGAAAAAAGAUUCGAGCAGGAUGCUCGCCUGCGGCAGCUCUACCUAGAGUUCCUGCUGCAAUACGAGGAGUUGGGCCACAUGGAAGUCGUGGAUCGGACCGAUCAACCGGGGGGGAGGCUCAGUUACCUUCCACACCACGGAGUCCUGCGAGAGUCCAGUUCCACCACUAAGCUGCGCGUCGUCUUCAACGGCUCGACAAUGACGGCCUCGGGCGACUCGCUGAACAAAUACUUGAUGGUGGGACCCAAUCUGCUGCCACCGCUCGCCGACGUGCUCCUACGUUGGCGCCACCAUCGAUACGUCCUCGCCACGGACGUAGAGAAGAUGUUCCGUCAGAUCCAAGUCCAUCCCGAGGAUCGCGAUCUGCAAAGGAUCAUCUGGCGACCGAACCGGAGGGAGGAAUUCCGUGAGUAUCGGUUGACUACGGUCACAUACGGAUUAGCGUGCGCGCCCUUCUUGGCCAUGCGCUCCCUCCGCCAGCUCGCUGAAGACGAAGCGGAGCGAUUCCCACUGGGAGCGGAAGUCCUCCAGCGUGGCGUCUACAUGGACGACAUUCUCACCGGCGCCGCCUCUCUCGCGGAAGCUCGAGAGCUUCAACGGCAGUUAUCGACUAUCUGCACGGCGGGCGGGUUCCCCCUAAGAAAGUGGUCCGCAAACGACGAGUCGCUAUUGGAAGGCAUCCCCGCUGAGCACAGGCUGCAGCGCGAGCCUCGCGCCUGGCAGCCACACGAGACUCACGCGACCCUCGGGUUGCAGUGGCAUCCAUGCUCCGAUUGCUUCUCCUUUUCCACGAAAUCGCUUUCGGUGACAUCCAUAACCAAGCGAACGGUCCUAUCUCUAACGUCGCGACUCUUUGAUCCACUCGGCUGGUUAGCACCCGUAAUAGUGCGAGCCAAGAUUGCCUUCCAGUCAACCUGGCUCCAAGGGCUUGAUUGGGACGAGCCCCUAGACGAGGAUUCCGCUCGACAAUGGGUCGCAUACCAGGCUGAACUUCCGCAGCUCGAGGGAGUCAGAAUUCCGCGGUGGCUUACCUCCGACCACUCGGGAGCCAGGAUGCAGCUACACGGAUUCGCGGACGCCUCCGAGCGCGCUUACGCUGCCGUGUUGUACCUGCGAGCUGAAUUUGACGGUCAAGUGAUAACUCACUUAAUUACGGCUAAAACAAAGGUUGCUCCCCUCAAGCAGGUCUCGCUACCGAGGUUGGAGCUCUGCGCCGCGACCCUUCUCGCCAGGCUUGCCGCCCACCUCAGACGGACGCUGGCCGUUGUUGCCGAGGUUCCACUACAUCUCUGGUCAGACUCUACAGUUGCUCUUGGCUGGAUACGGGGCCACCCUACCCGAUGGCAAACGUAUGUCGCGAACCGCGCGGCCGAGAUCCAGACCGCCGUCCCCGAAGCCUUGUGGCACCACGUCCCCGGACAGGACAACCCGGCGGACUGCGCCUCCCGGGGCCUCUCUCCCGGGGAACUCGUGACGCACCCGCUUUGGUGGACGGGCCCUCCUUGGCUCCUGGCGGAGCCGUCCUUCUGGCCGGUCACGGACAUCCCGGCCACGGACGAGGAUCUGCCCGAGCGACGGGUCAGAGUCCACGCGGCAGAAACCGCGCCUCGCGAAAACAAGGAACCAGACGAGUUGACUAGAUUCUCGUCUCUCGAGCGAUUGCUGCGCGUGACGGCCUGGUGUCGCAGAUGGCUCCCUCGAGCGUCAAGCGACACAGAAAGGUUGAAGUCGCCACAGCCGAUCCGCUCACCGCGCUGCGGGACCCUGUCCGCCGCCGAGCUGGACGACGCACGCCUGUGCUGGGUCCGCACCGUGCAAGCGGCGAGCUACAAACCCGUAUUAGAGUCGAUUAAGCAGGGCAAGGCCCUGCCGAAUUCUAACUCGCUCGCUCGCCUUAGCCCAUUUUUUGAUCCCAGAGGCGUCCUCCGCGUGGGCGGUCGACUGAAGCACGCCAUUCUCUCCUUCGACGAGAAGCAUCCAGCGAUACUCCCCGGAGGAUCGCACUUGACUCGGCUGAUCGUGGAGGCGUGCCACCGACGAGCUCUGCAUGGCGGAACUCAAAUGACCUUGGGGAUGGUCCGCCAGAACUACUGGAUCCCUCGAGGACGAGCAGUCGUAAAGCGGCUGAUCCACCGCUGUGUACCGUGCGUCCGAUGGCGGGCGGCGAUCCCGCAACAGCUGAUGGGCAGCCUUCCCCGCGCUAGGGUGACUCCGGCCCGACCUUUCCUCAACACCGGCGUGGACUACGCCGGACCGAUCCAGCUGCGCACGACCAAAGGCCGGGGACAUAAGGCAUACAAGGCCUAUAUCGCGGUGUUCGUGUGCCUGUCCACCAGAGCGGUGCACCUGGAGGUCGUCUCUGACUACACCGCCGAUGCCUUCCUGGCCGCACUAAGGCGGUUCACUUCACGCCGGGGGUUGUGUCACGCCAUCCACAGCGAUUGCGGGACCAACUUCGUAGGCGUCGAUGCACAAUUGCGAGCUUUCUUCGCGGCCAGCAAUCCCGAGCUGCGUCGGAUCGGCGAGCGGAUCGCCAACGAUCGGAUACAGUGGCGGUUCAAUCCGCCGGCUGCUCCCCAUUUCGGUGGUCUCUGGGAGGCCGCCGUCAAGUCACUCAAACACCAUCUGCGGCGCGUGCUGGGGGACGCGACCCUAACCUUCGAGGAGAUGAGCACAUUCCUCUCUCAAGUUGAGGCUUGCCUCAAUUCGCGUCCACUCCAGGCUCUGUCGGACGAUCCGGAGGACCUGGCCGCGCUCACCCCAGGGCACUUCUUGGUGGGGUCCGCGCUGACCGCCCUUCCGGAGCCUUCUAUGAGGGAGCUGCCAGCGGGCCGCCUGUCCCGUUGGCAAAUGCUGCAGCAGAUGCGGGACCACUUCUGGGAUCGCUGGUCGCGAGAAUAUCUCCAUUCCCUCGCACAUCGCUCAAAGUGGUGCCGAGAAGAGUCGUCGUUCAAGGUCGGCCUGUGCCUAGUGAGACACGAGAACACUCCGCCAACGCGAUGGCCACUGGCGCGGAUCGUCCGAGUCCACCCCGGGGAAGACGAUCAAGUCCGCGUAGUCGACGUCCGAACAGCCGCGACCGAGCUUACGCGACCCAUCGUUAAGCUUGUCCUCCUACCCGGUACUGACGCCGAGACUGACGAGGACCAUAGUGAGUAG